UUUAUAAAGAAUUAAAUAUGGCAUUCUUGCGUAGUCGAUAUUUUAAUUUAUCUAAUUUAUGACACACACACUGACGCGUCAUCCUCACAAAGGACGAUGUCUUGACGUCGUUGGUUCGUAGAAAAAAAUAAUAAUCCGUGACCUCGCAACAUAGUUUCGCUAUAGAAUCCGGCCGGGUGCAACAGUUUAAAGUCAAGGCGAGGAGAAUAAAGCAUAGUCCGGUAGCAUCUUGAAUCGAUAUUACGCGAUUACGGAAAGGGAUAUCGCAAUCGUAAAUAUAUCGCCCCUCGAGUUUUCCAUGGCAUUUGGAAUCCGCGGUCGCGCACAUUCCUGAUCGCCCGCUCUCCUCCCCCUCUUCCUCUUUUUUUUUUUUUCUCUCUCGACAAGGGCGAUUCUGCCGUGCUGCAGUCAGCCGUGGUAACGCGCGAUUUAUUAUUUAACGGGAAUAAUCGAUGGCUUAUGGAUACGUGUACCAGUCGCGAUAGUACAUCCUCCGCGACAGCCGUCAUUUUCGCGAUGGUGCCGCGCCAGGAGGCAGGAGAGGCCGCCGCGCGUCGCGGCUCGUGAAGUCCCUUCUCUCUUUCGGUGCGAGUGAAAAAAAAAAAAAAGGAGCGGACUAUAUACAUAUACAUAGCAGAGUUCUCGGGAACUAUGCUGGCGAGAUUCAGGAACAGCUUCCGCUGCAGCGUGCCCAAAUGUCCGGCUAUCCGUAUUCCAGGGAUGGAGAAGCCGGAGUCCUCCGCGGGGGGCGAGAGCGCCGCCGAGCUCGAGGACCGGGAUCCCAAUAGUUUGAAUCAGCAUCUUCAGGUAAUGUGGGACGAUGUGAUCGGCGAACCGGAAGGGAUCCGUAGUCCCGAGUGCGCCUGGCGUCUUAGCGGACAUUGUUUCCGACUCUCCAGAGGAUGUUGUUACGUGCUCCUCUCCGUUCUCGUGGCGCCUAUACUCGCUCUCUGUUUGGGCUUCACGUUCGCCUGCUUAGCAUUUCAGCAUAUAUGGUGCGUCGCGCCGUGUCUGCGCGUGUGGAAAAUUACGUGCGCGGCGAUGCGAAAUUUCUUGGCGGCGGUGACACAUGCUAUCGUCCGUCCUGUCAUGGAGUCGAUGGGUUACCUCUGCCACAAUAUCCGCGUAUUCAAUCAAAGACUGCCGGACGGUCCUUACCAGAAGGAAGACCUGUUGGUUGUAUAAAUCGAUGAUCCCGCAGCGGCGGAUGAAAUUU